AUGAUUCAAAUGUCUGCCGACCGCUUUGAGCUGAAACGGGAAUACACAGUUCUUGAGGAUGAUGACAAUGAUGAGCAGAAGGAUGUUGGAUAUGAGGAUUUGAAUGUUGAAUUGGAAGUCAACUAUAUCAGUGACGAGGAGGAUUUAGGUGGAUUUGAGGAUGAUGAUGGGGAUGACGGGCUCAACCUUCCUCCAAUGCAGUCUUACCAGCGAUGUUCUGCUAUUCAUCCAUCACUCACAAAUCCACAAGCUCAUUCCACAACAAGCCAGCCAGAAGUUUCAAUCCCACAAUCUCAUCCCACAACAACGCGACCACGUCGCGUUAUCCAUGAACCAGGAUAUUUUCAUCGGCUUGAUAAGGGUAAAUAA